CUUUGUACAGAUGGGUCUGCUGCAGUCCUCAUCUUCUGCGGAGUUUUCGGGUGGCAAUGUGUUUAUUCCACUUUUUGUCACUGCAAUUGCAUUAUUAGUUGGAUACUUUGUAUUUACAAAAAAGAGGACGAUAAUGUUGAUGGUGCACAAGAACAUUUGGAAAAAUAUUGAUCACAAGAGUGUGUCUGCAGCCUUGCAUCCGGUGCUUCCAUUUAAUACAGUGAAUGGAUGGACUCUGCUGGGAGCAGACAAUGGCAAACGCUUGUGGCUGCAGACUAUUAACUCUUUGGGGGACAAAUGUCCAUUGUUUGGUGCAUGCAGUAUUAUUGAAACUAGCCCUAAAGAGGUUAUUUCAACUUUGUGUGACACCACUCAGCAGCCAGAUUGGGACCCACUUGUUUCACAUGUGAACGUUGUUUCUACACCCACAAUACAUGAUGAUUUUCACUAUGAUGUGGUGAAAAUAGUUGGAACUGGAAACAAAGGUAGCUACAGCUUAACCAGAUGUUGGAGAAUUUCUGAUAGUGGGUGCUGCUGGGCAUUGUCAGUUUAUGUUGAUGGCGACAUAGGAGAUGUGAAAUGGACUUACUGGAAAGCUGAUCCCAUCGAAAUGGAAGGACUGGAUGGAUUUUCAGUUGUUUCAUUAUGCAUUGGGACAUCAGUUGUGUGUCUGAAACCGCCAAGCUGUUUAACUACAUGGCUCCAAUCAUUGCAACAACAUGUCACACUAAGACAAUGUGAAACGAAUCAUAAAAUGUCAGCUCCUCGGCAAACAGUAACAACUAUUGAAAGUUCAAUGGAGACUAGGGUCAUCGAAUGUGAUAGCAGUAACAGUAACAAGGUAGACAAGCCUACAAAGUCUUCAGCUGUGGUAUCUUCACAAAUACAAUCAAACUUAAUUGUGAAUAUCAGGCAGCAGCCUGCUCUAGACAGCCAACAACAACGAUGGUUUGAGCUGUGUAAUGAAUCAGCACAGACAGUUCUGACAGUAUCGUGUGCUACUGUUGAUGAUGGAUGGGAGUUUGUCAAUCAGACAAAAGGUGUGACUAUCAUGAAGAAGCCUUCUACGAGUGAAGGAUCGUCUGUAAAUAGAGUAAAGGGUACAGCUGUGAUUGCGGCCCCUCCGUUUUUUAUUCUCUCUUACAUUAAUGACUUUGAUAAAAGCAAGAAGUGGAACGAAAUGUUUGAUUACGGAGAAAUAAUCGAACAAAUUACUGUAAACACCAGAGUCUCUCGACUUGUAUAUAAACCUGUGUUUCCUACAACUGGACGUGAUUUUUGUCUUGUGACUGGAGUUCGGCAGCUGGGUGAUCAUACUUUUGUCAGUGCUGUGUCAUCGGUGAAACAUUUGUCUUGUAGGGAAGACAAGAAGUAUGUGAGAGCUGAAUCUCACGGGAGUGGUUUUGCAAUCAUUAGAGAUGCGGAAAAUGGAGAGAAAUGCACUGUCACUUACACUACACAUGUAGAUCUGAAGGGACGUGUGCCAACGUUUGUUGUAAACAAAGUGGCCUCUUCUCAGCCUUUGUGUGUUGCUGUGUUGCGGGAUCUUGUUGAACAAGACUACAAAGUGCUGACUAAUGAAGAAAAGCAAAGAUGGCAGACAAUGACUUUAAAGAGUUAUCUAAGGCGAGGUGAACCAGAGAAAGAAGAAGAAGCGGAAGAAGAGGAAGUUGAGGUUUCACAAGAAGGCAGUGAUAAUAAUGAUGGUGUUCAAAUGAAAGAGGAAAUGGAAAAUGAACAGGUGGGAGGAUCUGGUGAGAAUACAAAGGCACUGCGCAGUGCAAGUGAGAGUGAUGACAUGAACGUGGAAGAAAGCCUUUCAAGCAUUACACUUGAUAUUGAUUUACCACUCACUAGUGAAUCUGAAGUUGACUAUCGAACUCUUGGUAACCAAAUGUGUGGUGAAAUUAUGGCUGAGUUUCUCAUGGCAUCAACUGUUGAUCUGCAGUCUUCAAAGAAGCAGUCAUCUGGCGGAUGGAUGUUUCAAGGUGUUGAAAAAGAUGUGCUUAUGAUGAAGAAAUUGAUGCCAGAUAGCAAGUUUGAUGGUUUUAUGGGCAAGGGCAUCAUUGAACUUCCACCUGCUGUAGUGUGGGCAGCUGUGAAGGAUUCUCGUACCAGAUUUAGCUAUGAUAACAUGCUGAAGACACUGGACAUAGUUGAAGUGAUUGAGCCAGGCCUUCAAGUAGUGUAUUGCACACACGAGGCAACAAAUUGCUUUGUUAAGCAAGCAAGAGAUCUCUGCUAUCUUCAUUGUGAACGUGAAGAUCCAUCUGGUAAAUUUGUUGUUGCUGGAAGAUCUAUUGAGCAUCCUAAGUGUCCACCCAAACCCAACCUCGUGAGAGCUCAUGUCAUUGCUAGUGGAUGGCAAAUUGAGGCACUGCAACAAAGGGAUCGCACAAUAUCAUCAGUUUCAUAUCUUGUUCAGGUGAACUUGGGUGGCAUGGUGCCAGUUCGACUGCUGAAUAUGAUUGCAAAACGGCAGCCAUUAGCAGUUGCUUACCUGAGAGAGUAUCUUACUUCAUCUUAAUGGGAUUCAAUUGAUUUGCAACAGCUUUUGUAGUCUAUAGUUUCAUUUGAGCAGCAAUUUGCAGUUUUUCAUUUUUUUGCAGAUGAUGAUAAAACAGCUUAUUUUGUUGGUAAAUAAUUAGAAAAAGCGAAUAUACAAUUAGAGUCAAUCUGUA